GUAAACUAGGUGAUUGCAUUAGGUCGAACAUAUUGCUGGCCACUAUAUAAAUAUGAGAAUAUACUGAUAGAAACAAAAGUAAUGGUCAAUUUCACAAGGUCUUGUAGUCUUUUAAUCAUACUUCUUUUCAUAUUUUUGAUUUCCAAUGUGGAACUUCGGCCGGUUAUGAAAAGUGGAUAUUCUAAGAAUCAUCAUCUUUUCCGUCCAAAAAAUUUGCAAACUGAUUCAGAAGAAGGUUUUUGGAAUAAUGUUUAUUUCGUGAUCACUGCGAGUGACUCGUUUUUUGGUGGAUAAUUUGAAUUUUUGAUUUUGGUUUAUCCUAUCGUUUUAAUGCAAUGCGUUCACAUUUGUCUUUCGUUGUACAAAAUCAUUUAUUUGUAUUCAAUUGUAUUUACCCGCGUUUUUUUUGAUUAUCGUUGGUUUCAAAUCAAAUAAAAUUAGAUCAAAUCU